AUGGCAACCGCGACCACCGCCCGGAGGUUGCCUAUGGGUGUGCGGACUUUUAGUGACUACCUCCAGGUUGCCAUAGUGGGCUCUCCGCGGUCCUGCCGUCCGGCGGUGUCCCAAAUAUGCACGCGACAAAGUAUCAGGCAUUUGUCCUCAUGCGGCAUUUUGAUGACCAGAUCUCCCAGGGUGCUUUGCCUUCACGACUGGGACGCCAUGGCGAGUGUUUCCACUAGCAGGAACUUCAUCAGCCUCACCAACAAAAGGAAGGAGUACUCUGAACGCAGGAUACUCGGGUAUUCCAUGCAGGAGAUGUACGACGUGGUGGCAAAUGUGGAUGACUACAAGCUGUUCGUCCCGUGGUGCAAGAAGUCCCAGACGGUGGCCAAGCGGGCAGGGCACUGCAAGGCCCAGCUGGAGGUGGGCUUCCCGCCUGUCGUGGAGCGCUACACGUCCAUGAUCAGCAGCGUGCGGCCUCAUCUGGUCAAGGCUGUGUGCACAGACGGAAAGCUUUUCAACCACCUGGAGACCAUUUGGCGCUUCAGCCCUGGCAUUCCCGGCUACCCUCGCACCUGCACUGUUGACUUUUCCAUAUCCUUCGAGUUCCGCUCCCUGCUACACUCGCAGCUGGCCGCUAUGUUCUUUGAUGAGGUGGUCAAGCAGAACGUGGCCGCCUUUGAGCGGCGCGCCUGUAAGCUCUACGGCCCGGAGACCCGCAUCCCACGAGAGCUCAUGUUCCACGAAGUCCACCAAACGUGA